AUGCACUCUCUACUCUCUACUGUCAUUCUUGUUCCGUUCGCCCAUCUAGCAUUGGCAGGAUGCUACAGCGGAGGUGCACCAUCGCCUUCUGAUCACGCUGCAACGCUGGCCGCGAUUCAAUCAGCCUCCUAUCAGAUGGAACUUGACAGUCCCCUUUCCGUGGGCGAGCAUGUAUACAACACUGUCGUCGAAGGAAAGUGUCUCCACUUUAUCCUGGACAACAUUUCCGGCAGCUCGAAAUCCAUCAAGACCGGCGAAGCAUCAGACGGCUUCUCCAAAGAAUACCGCGGGUGUGAUCACGGGGGAGAUACUUCUUACACUAACUGGAGAUACGUGAUGGACGCAAACCAAGACACAAGGAACUGCAGAUGGGCGUGGGGAGGGGCAGCUUCAGUUGUAUCAGCCCAGACGGCGUACUACACGCCACAGCCAACCCCUAUGCCAUGUUACGGCGAUGCUUGUGUAGACCCUACUUACGACAAUCUCCGUUACCAGGAUAACACUAUUAUCCGACGACCUGGAAAGAACGGAGCAAGUGACAUUUACUUUCGUUUCUCCAAAGGCGAUCACCCAGGCGACGGCAUCAAUGUUGCGACUUCAGACAGCUUGAGUGGACAAUGGCAUUUGAAUUUCACCAUCCUUGGUCAGCUUAGCGACAUCAGCAAGUCAGACUGCGUCGGUGGUUCGUACAAGAACUACAGCUUUCCCAACUCCGAUUUGAAUCGAUGGGCUCCAGAAGUUCACUUGCAAUACUACUUGUUUUAUACGGUGGAGGACCAAACCAAUGGCUAUUGUUUCGAUCAAUGUGUGGCCACCAGUCCCUCGAUGGAUGCUGGCACCUGGACCGAUCAUGGGAACUUCGCAGCUUGGCGUCGCAUUGACGGCAACAUCUUGUCUGACGCUAGCGACCCUCAAGGCGUUGUUUCGCCAUACAUGGCAUUCAAUAGCUUUGGAUAUGGCAUCUACGGCAUCGAUCUGAACAACGACUAUCUGACAGCUAAAAAUGUCGAGCCAAAGCUCUUGAUCAAGUCACAAGACCAGCCGGGCGGAAAUCGUACCGAAGGCGCUUUCCAACUGCGCCAUAACGGAUACAUUUAUCUCUUUUACUCGCGCGGCUCCUGCUGUUCGGGAGGAGAUGCCGAUCCACAGAGUGUCUAUCGAACUCAGGUUUGCCGCACCAAUGCAACCACCCCAGUAGGACCGUACUACGACCGCGACAAUGUUGAUUGCAGCAAUGGUCCUACGAGUCGAGCUGGAUCCACCAUUUUGUAUCCAGUGACACACAACUGGGAGCCUGGUUCAGUGUCUGUUCUCCUUGAUCCCAAGGAAGGCUUGAUCAUGACUUAUCAGUACUUGGACACGACAAGGCAGAGCCCAGGUCCGUUCCUCGGCUGGGGAUUGAACUACUUGACAUGGCAGAGCGAUGGUUGGCCAAAAUUGACUCAGACCAGAACUUGA